ACACUUGUCGCACACAUACAACAUGGGCAAGCAUCAGUACACCAAGCUUGAGCGCGUGGACGUGGUCGAGUCGACCAAGGACGUGGAGCUCGUUGAGGUCGCGGCUGUUGAGGUGGAGGAGCCGGCGGCGCCGGUGGUCGACGACGCGACAGUGCCCGACGAUGAGCUGUACUACGGUUGGCUCGCUGAGCGGCAGUACGCGGUGGACGUGCGGUCGAUCUGGUCGCGGUCGUGGGAGCUCUACCGCAACCACGCCGGUCUCCUGACGGGCGGGUUUGUGGCGGUCGUUUUCGCGCACUGCCUGGUGGGCCCUGGCUCGCUCCUCGGCUCGUACAUGGGCUACGGCUACCUUGUGAUGCUGAUGAACGGGAUGCGCGCGUCGAACACGACAGGCUUCAUGAAGUUCAACGACCUCUUUUCCGGCUUUUCGCUCUUUGUCCCGCUCCUCGGCCUCAUGCUCACGCAGGCGGUCCUGAUGAUCUCGGCGAUUGUGGCGUACAUCUUUGCGGUUAUCGGCCUCUACUUCCUGAUCUUCAUCAAGCUUUCGGCGCCUGCCUGGGUCGGCUACCCGUACCUCGCGGUUGUUCUCGCCCUCCUCUACCCGCUCAUCUACGUCUCAGUCGGUAUCCACAUGGCAGCGCCCGUCCUCCUCGAGUUCCACACUCGCCGCAUCGGCGUCUUUGCCUCGGUUGGCCUCGCCUUUAAGCAGCUGAACAAGAAGUUUACCUCGGUCGUCCUCUUUGUCACCAUGCUCGCCUGCUUCCAGGUCCUCGGCACUCUCGCUUUUGGCGUCGGCAUCUUCUUCACCGCCCCGCUCUCGAUUGUCCUCUACAUGACGCUUGUCAAGGAUAUGUUCGGCCUCAACGCCUCCGAGUUCCGUGCCAGCGAGUGCGUGGUCUGCGUUUAGAGCGCUCCGUCAACUUUCUUUCUUCUUUCGUUCAACAAACAAACAAACACACAACUCUCUCA